AUGGCGAUGCGGGUGUUGCCUGUGCUGCGCAUUACCUGCAACAUGGAACAUGGCGAAGAGUUUGGGCGCGUUGUCCACGCGCGCUUCUGCCGCCUCGUCCGCCACUACGCGCGCAGAUGGGUUCUCGCCAACGCAGUCGUCGUUCAAGAUGCCCCUGACCAGUAUCGCUUCAACGAAACCCUGACGCAAAGGUGGUUUGGCAGCGCCGAGACAAUCAAGACCUGGCUCCGCCAGGAACUAGGCAAGCUGGACCCCUGGGAGAAGGAGAUGCUUGGUGACCCCCGCUCGCUCCGAAGUGGCGUCCACCUGGAUAACAAGACCUGCCACGCCAACAACACCAACGUCAGCAAGGACCCCCCGAAGCCGCGAGCGCACGCAAAACAUGCAAACGACGAGGGCCGGCGCAUCGAGCCUGAUCGGGACCGCCAGACGGCGUCGGUGGCUCUCGGACCCGCCCCCCUCGACCUCGACCUCGUUCAGUAUCAGCAGCUGCGCGGCAGCCCCGUGGCGGUGUCGGUCGUCGUCGGUCAUGAUGACGGCUGGUGCACUUCCCCCGGCCGUGGUGACCUGCUGGAAAUCUCCUUCACACCCACCACGGCAAGACCUAGUGCUCCGACGACGGUUGUAUCGGCCGAAUCGCUAUUUGAUGGCAGGAGUCGCGGCGCAGUGACACUCGCGCCGGCUGCGCCGACCACUGUUAUGACCAUCGACACAAGAGUGUCGCAAGACGAUUGGUCCACAGACACGAAACAGCGGCAAGGUGAGGAUCAACGCCGUGAGCGGUUUCGGCGGAGUGUGGACGCGUCUCUCUCGGCGUGGCGGAUGGCCAUCGAGGCCGACUACGAGGCACAUGCGGCCGUGUUUGGAUCAGAAUAA